AUGAAGAGGUUUUUCUCAAACGCAUCCUUCAUUUUAUUAGCUACUCUCAUCUUAGCAAGUUGUAUUGAGUCUGAGGCUCAAAAGUGUCGGCCAAGUGGGAGAAUCAGAGGAAGGAAAGCACCUCCAGGACAAUGCAACCAAGAGAAUGAUUCAGACUGCUGCAUAGAAGGCAAACUCUACACGACAUAUGAAUGUUCACCACCUAUGUCCAGCCACACCAAGGCCUACCUCACUCUCAACAGUUUUCAGAAGGGUGGAGAUGGUGGUGGCCCUUCAGAAUGUGACAACCAAUACCAUUCUGAUGACACACCUGUGGUCGCACUGUCUACAGGCUGGUUCAACCACAGAAGCAGGUGUCUCCACAACAUCACCAUCAGUGCGAAUGGAAGAAGUGUGGUGGCCAUGGUGGUUGAUGAGUGUGACUCAACUGAGGGAUGUGAUGCAGACCAUGACUAUCAACCUCCAUGUCCCAACAACAUUGUUGAUGCUUCUAGGGCUGUCUGGAAAGCAUUGGGAGUGCCCCCAAAUGAAUGGGGUGGCCUUGACAUUACAUGGUCUGAUGCUUGA